AUGGCAGCUAUUGAUCAUGAGGUUGAACUUGUCCCUGGCGAGGGGUUUGAUGACAACAGCAUUGAUUCGGAAAUAAGUAGUAUUGUUACCUCAAGCACUAGCUUGAGGAGCUCUAUCAUGAACCACCGACUUGAGAAUGGUAGAUCAUACCACGUGUACAAGGACGGCAAAUAUGCUGUUCCCAACGACGAGAAAGAAAAUGAUAGGCUUGGUACUGCGCCUCCGUCCUGUAGGCAUAUUUGUCCCCGACUUCUGUUAACAGUUCAUUCAGACAUGCAACACCAUCUAUUCUAUCUAACCCUUGACGGCAGGCUUGGACUGGCUCCGCCGUGCAAGCCAGGCGCCAAGGUUGGCCGUGUGUUAGAUCUCGGUACAGGAACGGGCAUCUGGGCCAUUGAUUUCGGGGAAGAGCAUCCCGAAUCCGAGGUUCUCGGUAUUGAUCUUUCUCCUAGUCAGCCCGAGUUUGUUCCGUCGAACGUCAAGUUCGAAAUUGAUGAUAUAGAAGAAGAUUGGUUGUACUCCCGACCAUUUGACUAUAUUCACUCCCGGCUCAUCCAGUCUGGCAUCGCUGAUUGGAAGAAAUAUGUAACAAAAGCUUACGACAACCUUGUACCUGGCGGAUAUCUCGAGCUGCAAGAGGCGGAUUUGACGCUCAAAUCGGACGACGACACGCUGCCCUCAGACAGUGCUAUGAAGAAGCUGGGCAAGUUGAUUACCGAAGCCGCCGACACCUUCGGCCGCCCCUUCAUCGAUGCACCAACGAUUAAGCAGUACUUGAUCGAGGUCGGCUUCGAGGACGUGACGCUGUAUUGUUACAAGUGGCCGAUGAAUACUUGGCCCAAGGAUUCUAAGUACAAGGAACUGGGAAACUGGCAUCUUAUCAACCUUCUCGAGGCGUUGGAAGCCAUGGCCAUGGCGCCCUUAACACGUAUCCACAACUGGACUCGCGAGGAGGUGAAUGUUUUCUUGGUGGAUGUGCGAAACGAGUUCAAGAACAGGAAUAUCCACGCGUACCACCCAGUCUACUCGAUCGUUGGACGGAAGCCCCUGAAGGUUGAUAGCCCUGCACCAGUCUAG